AUGUCGAGUCCGGUACACCACGCAGUUAGCCCACCUUCCAGUCUGGGAGUGGGUAGCAACUCGAUGAUGGUGUAUGAAUGCACCUACCGCUUGGGUCCAUCAGAAGAGGAAAAGUUCUUCCCUUCCCGAGUUGAGAGCAUGUUGGAAACGGUCAUGAGCGACUUUUUCAAAGACAAAGUUUUCGACGCACAGCAAGUCCCCACCUGGGUUCAGGAAGCCAGCGGACGGGUGAUGGAGGAGAUGCAAGCGAUGCAACACCAACAGAUGCCGCGAUUUAAAAUCGUCGUUCAGGUCGUCAUCGCCGAGAACGCCGGCCAGGGGAUCCGUGUGUCGAGCAAAAGUCUGUGGGACAUCAACCUCGACAACUGGGGAAGUUACACGCACGUCCAAAGCGACUUGUAUGCCGUGGCAAUGGUGUUUGGAUGUUACCAGGAGUGA